GAAAGUCGUUGCCAUUCGACCUCUGCGGGGCCUGCGCGGACGCAGCGAGAACCCAGAAAUUCAUUAUGCGUUUAAAAGCUUUAUUUAUUUCCGCAUAACCGACAUACUCUCACCACGGAGGGCGGAGGACAGGCAGCGACGGCCGGCCAUCUCUUUCGGGUGGGAGAGGAGCUUUAAAGAAAUAGAUUACUGCCGUGGCGGGGAGACUGUUGACGAUUUUAUUAUAAGAGAAAAAAAAUGUCCGGUGAGAGAAACCGCAGGUCGCUGGCGUUCCGAGGCGGUGGAUUAGCUGGGCUAGCGGGCUCCGGAGGCGUCGGCGGGGGGAACAGCUGGGAGGCCCCGGCCUGUCAGGACCGACAUUUUAAUGGCAACCGACUGGACCCGGACGAGGACGGGGACCUCGGGGCGAAGGGACCAACGCGGAAGCGAGUGGAGGGAGCCGGGUCGGUGAGCGACAGCACGGAGCCCGAGGCGGAGGAGGAAGAGGACGCGGAGGCAGCAGCCGGGAACGCGGGCUCGGGGGAAGCGGCGAACGGCUUCAAAGAGGCAACGGCCGCGGGCAGCAACGGAUCCGAGUCCGGCAGCGGCGAGGCGGCGCCCAGGAAGUGCGGCGUAGAGAUGAGACCCCAAACGCUGCUCCAGAAGCACUCGCUCUUCCACGCAUCGUGGCUCCGCGAGUUCCCGUGGCUCAAGUUUUGCCAGGAGACGGGGCUCAUGUCGUGCUUCUGGUGCCACGACGCGGCCACCAAGAACGGCGACGAGCUCAUCAAAGGCAGCCGCAACUACAAGAGGGCCUUGCUGCUCAGACAUCACCUGUCGUCCGAGCACGGCAGGAAUGACCCCGGCAAGCAGGAGACGGGGAGGCCCGCCGACAACGCCAGCCCAUCCACAAACUCCUCCGACGAGGACUUCCGCAACAAACCCCAUGAGAACUCGUACUGCUACCAGCUGCUCCAGGAGCUGGACAAGCAGCGCAAGAGCGGCAUCCUCUGCGACGUCAACAUCGUGGUGUCGGGCCAGGUGUUCCGCGCGCACAAAAACAUCCUGGUGGCAGGCAGCCGCUACUUCAAAACCCUCUACUGUCUGACCCAGAGCGAGGCCCAGGACCAGGCCACCGUCACGCACCUGGACGUGGCCGCCGUCCAGGGCUUCUCUGUGAUCCUGGACUUCCUCUACUCGGGGAACCUGCUGCUCACGAGCCAGAACGCCAUCGAGGUCAUGUCGGUGGCGAGUUACCUCCAGAUGACCGAGGUGGUGCAGUCGUGCCGGGCGUUCAUCAAGGACGCCCUCAACAUUAGCAUCAAGCAGGAGGCCCCCGACUCGGUGGUCGUGGACUACAACAAGCGGCAGACGGUGGCCAAGGACGGGCAGCGGGGCCCGGACCGGAAGCCCAGCAACUUCUGGGCCACGAGCAUCCUGUCCAAGCUGUCAAUCAAAGCCAGCAACAACCAAGGAAAAGAGGCCGCCACGGAGGACGACGAAGAAGGCGGCGGCGGCAGGGUAAAGGAGGAGUCCAGCGACAUCGAGGUGACGACGGUCGGGGGCGAGGGCUGUGCCCUGGUGCCCCCCAGGGCCUCGGGGAGCUGGAGCCAACACAACGACAACUCCUCCGAUUCAGUAGAGACCAACGAGCCGCACUCGGCGGGCGCCCAGACGCAGGUGUUCGUCUGGAACGAGCCGGCCACGGGCGGCGGCGUGGGGGCGGCGAUAAAGCGUGAGGCGCCGGACGCCGCCGCUGCCGCCGCCGGGAGCGGCCGGCGGAAAAAGCAGACCACCACGCGGAGGUUCGUCUACAACUUCCCGCCGGAGCCCGAGGAGGGCUUUGACGAGGGAAUGUUCAUCCAGCCGUCGGCCUCCUACCCCAGAGAGGACUUCUCUUCGCUCUCAGAAAACGCCGAGCUGGCCAAUCAGAUCCAGUAUAGCAUCAUCCAGCAAGGGGAGUCCUGGGAGAAUGGCGAGUCGCCGCUCCUCGCCAUCAACAAGCUCAAGUGCCCCCACUGUAACUACAUCGCCAAGCACCGGCGCACGCUCAAGAGGCACCUGGUCAUCCACUCGGGCGUCCGCUCCUUCAGCUGCGACAUCUGCGGAAAGCUGUUCACCCGCCGCGAGCACGUCAAGAGACAUUCCCUGGUGCACAAGAAGGACAAAAAGUACAAGUGCAUGGUGUGCAAGAAGAUCUUCAUGCUGGCCGCCAGCGUGGGCAUCCGCCACGGCUCGCGCCGCUACGGCGUGUGCGUGGACUGCGCCGACUCGCACCAGGCCACCCAGGAGGGCCUGGAGGCCAUGGAGGCCAUGGAGUUCCCCCGCGAUGACGACUUCGAGGGCGAGGAGGGUGAGGACCUGGAGGGGGAGGAGCCUGUUGACAACGACCAAUCAAAUUGGGCGGAGGGCAACACUGGUGCUGCCCUGGAGGAGGACAAAGAGUUUUAAAGGAAUCUGUGUUGAAUAUACGUGUGCUACACGAGACGACAAGCUGGUAAACAAUCAACUCCAAAGUGCUAUCAAACCUCGAGGUUUCUUCAUUCUGCGAGUUUGACAAGGAUUUAAAAAGAAAAAAGCUUUGGUAGCGUGGGAACCCCGCCGUGUACAGAUUUUAUUAUUAUUGUUAUUGUUAUUAAUAUUAUUAUUAUUAUUGAUGCCCACGAGAGAAAGAUUCUAAGAUAAAUCAGGUUUUUUUGUUCUUUGGUGAUGUAUUUUUAUUAUUUCCUGUUAAGUGGGCGGGGUGACGUAGAGGUGGGGUUAGGCCAAUCAUCUAAAAAAAAAAAAAAAGUUAAUUAUUUAAUUUAAGAAGAGAGAGAGAUAUUAUGGUCUUACCAGAUAAUCACAUUUUUAUUUCCAUUUCUUUUCUUUUUUUGUUGCUGUGUAGAUGAUGUUUAGGUGCGCUAAAUAUCUUAUUAUUCUGUUCUCUUGGUUUUUUAAUUGUUAUUAUUUGUGAUUUUUUUUCCCUUUUCCUUGCACAAAUCUUGGAACCAAAAAAUCUGUUUAGUGACUCUAAUGUAUCUCAGCCAUAUUUAUGAUAUUAAUUUAAAGAAGCUUCGAGGCUGUGACGUGGUGCCAAACAGACCGCACACCAAGAUUUAGCAGGAGAGCGAAAGAAAAGGAUUCAAAACUACUGAACACGCUUACGAGAAACGACACCUUUUUAAAGUGAAAAAUAUAUAUAUAUGAAAAAGAUCUAUAUAAAGUGCAAGGGGAACUAUUCUAGCUAGCUUUAUACAAAUCACCGCGUCACAGUAACACUUUAUUGUCGAUGAAACAAAAAGCAUUUGACCUUCACUUAAAGCUUGAAUUGUUGUUUUUGUUUUUUUGUUUUUUGCCAAAUGAUUUGGUGCUGUAAUGAAUGCUUUAGUGGCAGAAAUACUGGACCUACGCAGUCAGGCUGAUGACGGGGGCGUCCAAACCUGAAAUUGACAGUUAGGGAGGGAGCAGGCGCUUGAAACACGCAAAAACCAAUCCAGUGGAGGUAAGACAUGCUCAGCCAGGGUGCGGCAUCCCUUGGAAUACAAUAUGGUUAAGGGGUAGAGGGGGUCACUAAACCCCCCAAAAACCUCCUUGAGGAUGUAUGUCAAUUUUCUCACCGCACAAACUAAAAAUCAAUCAUCUUGGCUUUAAACACACCUCAUGUUAGCGUAGUGGGGUUGGAAAGGAUGUUUCACUUUUCAUCCAAAAGGCUUGUUCAGGUCUAUGCUUUUGCAUGUGGAGUCUCCCGGUUCAUUUCUCUGGUGGGAGUGUCUCUAGGGGGUGGUCACAGCUGAGCUGUUGGCAAAACCACUCUGCCUGUGGAAUGAGACAAUCUUUGGGGGAGAGAUUUGUGGACAUAGUUGUGAGCCAGGGGUGUUCAAACCUUUUCCACCAAGGGCCGCAUUCAGAAAACUCAAAAAGCUCUUUUUCUACAUCUUUUUGAUUUGAUAAAAAGGCUUAAGAAAUCCAUUUUCAUACAUUUAAAGCCAAAAGUUGAUUUUUCCUCCGUUUCUUCUGUUUUGUUUGUACAAAGUGCCACACGUGGGACACCAUAGCAACACCCCCCUAUCGUGAGCACCCCCAGGGGAGGGGACACACCCACUGGAGACAAAUAGGGAGACUCCGCGCUAAAGGUUGACAACUAAGUUGCCGCCCCUCCUCAGGGGGAGCUCUGCCUACCCCCACCUUGUUUGUGCGUGGCCCUGAAUCCUCCUCAGUAAAGGUCCGAUGCGGGCGGUAUAUCAUUUCAUUUCCAGAAUAUUCCGCGGGCAAAUAAAAACGGAGCCCCCGUGGCUGCACUUUGGACCCCCCCGGCUUAUCUAACUGACUGGGCUUCACCUCCUAUACAACACUGUCGACUAUCAGGUAAUCUUCGCCAUGCUUUUAACCUUUUCUAACUAGAUAGAACUACCGGCAGUACUUUUUAACGAGGACCUAAGUGGACGUCUUGUUUAUAUUUGGUACCGGUUCUAUACAUACAGUAUAUACACACACACACACACACACACACACACCUGCAACGCCGUUGAUAUAUUUGAUUGUGUGAGGAGACGUCCCAUUUUUUAUGUUAAUUUUAUUUGGUCUGCCAGGUAGGAAAACACUUUGUUCCAAAAAAAAAAAAAAAAAAAGAGUGGAUCUCUAUGGCGCCAUCAUAGACAUGCACUUACUUCCCUUUUUGUGUUCACCACAAUCAUUUCUUUUCUUUUCUUUUCUUUUCUUUUCUUUUCUUUUCUUUUCUUUUCUUUUCUUUUCUUGGAAAUGUCCCCAAGAGGGGGCCUGGAUGGAACUAUCUUUCUUCCAACUGUUUUUUGUUGUUAUUUAAUAUUGACUCCAAAAAUGCAAUCAAGACUGUUCAUUUCUAUUUGUCCAACCAAAAUUAUUCUUUAUUAUUAUUAUUAUUAUUAUUAUUAUUGUUGUUGGGUUAUUAUGUGUGGGAGGAGCCAGGCGAUAGUGUGGGGGGGGAAAUCCUGUAAUUGUUUUUCUCUACAUUUUUUUAAACUAAUGCUAAGCUACCAUUCACUUUACCCCUCGCCCCUUCUUGUUCUAAUUUUCCUGGUUAUUAGCACAUAUUUCCAAUGUGGACAGAAAGCUCGGCGCAGCAGUACGUGUGUUCAUAUGCAGUUUGUACGGAAACGUGUAACCUCCCUUUACUCAGUGGAAGAAGAAGUAUAUUUUAGCCUAGCUUCAUCCUCCUCGUGUCACUUUUACCUUCAAAUCACUGUGGGUGGGCCUGUAUAACGGAUAUAUAUAUAUAUGUGGAGAAUCUAUCAGAUGAAUAUAUAUAUAUAUAUGUAUGUAUGAAAAAUAGAUUAUUUAACUAUAGUGGACUUGCAAACCUCCUGGCGCUGUUUUUUUUUUUUUUUUUAAUUUUCAAGAACCUUCCGCUUGCUCUUUUGUUGAGUGCUGCUUGUCCAUCACCUGUCCAUCACCUGUCCAUCACCUGUCCAUCCUGUCCAUCCUGUCCUGUGUUUGUUCUUUUGAUACGAUUCACCAUCCUACUGAUUUGUAUUGUCAUGAAUGAUUUUUAAUGCUGUAUUUCUUACACGGACAACAAACCCAACAAAACCCAAGCAAAAACACUAACAGAUGUCAUGUUUUUGUUCUCCCCCCACCUCUUUUUUUCCGGCUGUAUUUUUUUACGCUGUUGCUGCAAAAAAAAAAAAAAAAGAAAAAAGAAAAAAAAGAAUAAUAACCAAACAAACAAACCAACUAAAAGUUGUAUUUUUCAACUUUGUUGCUCUUUCACACAGCGAUGCAAAACUCGGUGCCCUCCGAACACAAAGCAAAAAUUCAGGUUACUCUUUUUACGUUUUUACCAGAUGUUUUCAAAGAUGGAACGACAUUCUCCUCGUUUUUUUCUGUUUUACAAAUAAGAAAUUGUACUACUGUUCCUCUCUAUACUACAUUUUAAGAAUAAAACUUUGAUAUUGCUCUCAUUUA